CGGCCUCGGCGCCACCGGCGCCCGCCCCGCCCCGCCCCGCGCCGCCCCGCGCCGGCUCCGCUGCUCGCGCCUGCCGGCCCGCCCGGCGCCGGGCCAUGGCGUUGCUGCGGGACGUGUCUCUGCAGGAUCCGCGGGACCGCUUCGAGCUGCUGCAGCGCGUGGGGGCCGGGACCUAUGGCGACGUCUACAAGGCUCGCGACACGGUCACGUCCGAACUAGCCGCCGUGAAGAUUGUCAAGCUAGAUCCAGGGGACGACAUCAGCUCCCUCCAGCAGGAAAUCACCAUCCUUCGUGAGUGUCGCCACCCUAAUGUGGUGGCCUACAUUGGCAGCUACCUCAGGAAUGACCGCUUGUGGAUCUGCAUGGAGUUCUGCGGAGGGGGGUCCCUGCAGGAGAUUUACCACGCCACUGGGCCCCUGGAGGAACGGCAGAUUGCCUAUGUGUGCCGAGAGGCAUUGAAGGGUCUCCACCAUCUGCACUCUCAGGGGAAGAUUCACAGAGACAUCAAGGGAGCCAACCUUCUCCUCACUCUCCAGGGCGAUGUCAAACUGGCGGACUUCGGAGUGUCUGGUGAGCUGACGGCAUCCGUGGCCAAGAGGAGGUCUUUCAUUGGGACCCCUUACUGGAUGGCGCCAGAGGUGGCUGCUGUGGAGCGCAAAGGUGGCUACAAUGAGCUGUGUGACGUCUGGGCCCUGGGCAUCACCGCCAUUGAGCUGGGCGAGUUGCAGCCGCCGCUGUUCCACCUGCAUCCCAUGAGGGCUUUAAUGCUCAUGUCGAAGAGCAGCUUUCAACCACCCAAGCUGAGAGACAAGAUGCGCUGGACCCAGAAUUUCCACCACUUCCUCAAGCUGGCCCUGACCAAGAACCCCAAGAAGAGGCCAACAGCUGAAAAGCUUCUGCAGCAUCCAUUCACAACCCAGCAGCUCCCUCGUGCCCUCCUCACCCAGCUUCUGGACAAGGCCAGUGACCCCCAUCUGGGAACCCCCUCUCCUGAAGAUUGUGAGCUGGAGACUUAUGACAUGUUUCCAGACACCAUUCACUCCCGGGGUCAGCAUGGCGCAGCUGAAAGGACCCCAUCUGAGAUCCAGUUUCACCAGGUGAAAUUUGGCGCUCCACGCAGGAAGGAAACCGACCCACUCAAUGAGCCGUGGGAGGAAGAGUGGACGCUGCUGGGAAAGGAGGAGCUGAGUGGGAGCCUGCUUCAGUCAGUUCAGGAGGCUCUGGAGGAAAGGAGCCUGACCAUCCGGACGGCCUCAGACCUCCAGGAUCUGGGCUCCCCAGAUGAUGCCAUGGGAACCAUCAAGCGCGCUCCGUUCUUGGGGCCAUCCCCUGCUGAGCCAACAACAGAGGACUCUCUCUCCAGCUCCCCAGGAACCCUGCCCCCACCUCCACCAGGCCCUGACUGCCCCCCACUGCUGCCUACUGCCUGGGCUACCAUGAAGCAGCGGGAAGAUCCUGAGAGGUCAUCCUGCCAUGGGCUCCCCCCAACCCCCAAGGUGCAUAUGGGUGCCUGCUUCUCCAAGGUCUUUAAUGGCUGUCCCCUGCGGAUCCACGCUGCUGUCACCUGGAUUCACCCUGUGACUCGAGACCAGUUCCUGGUGGUGGGUGCUGAGGAAGGUAUCUACACCCUCAACCUGCACGAGCUGCACGAGGACACCUUGGAGAAGCUGAUUUCGCAGCGCUGCUCUUGGCUCUACUGCGUGAACAACGUGCUGCUAUCGCUCUCAGGGAAAUCCACACACAUCUGGGCACAUGACCUGCCCGGCCUGUUUGAGCAGCGGAGACUGCAGCACCAGGCGCCCCUUUCCAUCCCCACCAACCGCCUCACACAGCGCAUCAUCCCCAGGCGCUUUGCCCUGUCCUCCAAGAUUCCCGACACUAAAGGCUGCCUGCAGUGUCGCGUGGUGCGGAACCCCUACACAGGUGGCACCUUCCUGCUGGCCGCCCUGCCCACCAGUCUGCUCCUGCUGCAGUGGUACGAGCCACUGCAGAAGUUCCUGCUGCUGAAGAACUUCUCCAGCCCCCUGCCCAGCCCAGCUGGGAUGCUAGAGCCAUUGGUGCUGGAUGGGAAGGAGCUGCCACAAGUGUGUGUGGGCGCUGAGGGACCCGAGGGGCCUGGCUGCCGUGUCCUGUUCCACAUCCUUCCCUUGGAGGCUGGUCUGACACCUGACAUCCUCAUCCCGCCUGAGGGGAUCCCAGGCUCUGCCCAGCAAGUAAUCCAGGUGGACAGGGACACAGUCCUGGUCAGCUUUGAACGCUGUGUGAGGAUCGUCAACCUGCAGGGGGAACCCACAGUCACACUGGCCCCCCAGCUGACCUUUGACUUCCCCAUUGAGACUGUGGUGUGCCUUCAGGAUAGUGUGCUGGCCUUCUGGAACCAUGGCAUGCAAGGCCGCAGCCUGGACACUAACGAGGUGACCCAGGAGAUCACAGACGAGACAAGGAUCUUUCGAGUGCUGGGCGCCCACAGAGACAUCAUCCUGGAGAGCAUUCCCACUGACAACCCUGGGGCGCACAGCAACCUCUACAUCCUCACCGGCCAUCAGAGCAGCUACUAAGCAGCCCUAUCUGCCCCCAGGCCAUAGCUGUGGCCCUUCUGGGCAAAGUUCAAAAGAGCCAGGCCCUGCUCUGCUGGGGUUGGAGGGCAGAAAUAAUCCUGAGAAGUGUUGGGGGCUGGGAAGGGGAGGGAGCCCACCCCCCCUCAGCAAUAACUGGACCCGAGAAGCUGCUUCCAUCUCCCUUCCCCACAGGCAGCCCCAUCCCUAGUGCAGGGUACCCCAGGCAGGAAGGGGGCCACCCCACUGAUCCAUUCCAUUUUGUUCUACCUUUCCACUCUUUCUGCCUGGGGUCUGCCCUGGCUCUGCCCUAAGGAACAUGUAUUUAAAAGAGAGAACUAUAUUGUAUUAAAGUUGGUUUUAUCCUACUGGUCCCUGUGGGGCUAGGGAACAGAGCCCCUGCCUCCUCUCCCUCCUUCCCUCUCUCCUCACCUUUCAGUGUUCUCAGGAUAGGUGAUGGAGGCUAGGAGCCCCAGCAGCUGACUCAGGGGCCUGUAUUUUUCCAGUUCCUCUACCCAAAGCACCUCUCAGCUUUACAGUUUGAGAGCUUUGUUGUAGUUCAGCACCCCAAAGACCCACGUGGGGGACCAUGAACAAAAGGACUCAUCCAGGGCAGCCUUGCCCCAUAGAGGACCUGGUCUGUGGCCUGUGGGUGGCUCCUCAUUCCCAGCCCCAAGGGGGAUGCUCCCAUGGAACCAGCUCACUCUGACCAUGACCAGGGGCUGCUCCCACCAACCACAAACACACUGUCCUGCAGCAGGCCUGGAACAAUACAGAUGGAUGGGCAGGUUCAACUGGAAGGUGGGCUUGGGUGCAUAUAACAAGAACUUCAGAGGUACUCCAUUUGGUGCCAGGGCCUGGGGUCAUGACCAAGGUACAGACCAGCCCCCAGGAAGGGGCUGUUCUUGUAGAAGUCUGCACUUGGGGCACAUCUGUCCUCCUGUAGUUCAGCUUCUAUUUACCUAGAAGUAAAUAGGGGACUCCUUCCACAGUCCCCCAGCAGAGGGCUCAGAACUCUCAGGCCAGGGAUCUCUCUGCAGCCCCAGGUUCUUAACCUGAACCUUUGAACAGGGGAGGCCACAGAGACAGGAUGAAGUUUGCCCCAAAGGAGGGUGGGGUGCACAGAGCAGGCUGGGUCUGGGAGGCUGGCAUGUCCAGGGAGAGCUACAGCAAAGGCCUAGGACGAGGGCUCCAGUCUGGCCCAUCACUAUCCUGGACAUUCAAAGAAGUGUUGGCGGGCCAGCAGGAAAUACUCAAGUGAAGCCAUGAGUGGGUCGGGGAAGAUGGCGGCUCAUGUGAACAUACUCCUGGCCCUUGUGGGCGUCAUUGUCCUGUUGUCUGCCCUCCUGCAGAGCCCUGACUGCUCUGUUUCCAGUGACCAGAGCCAGACCAGGGAACAUAUCCUUGUCCCCAUUGAGACCCAAGGAGAGUGAGGUACCUUCCAAGCUCUGAAGGCUUAUGCCCAUCCGGAGGGUACCUGGUGGGCUGAAUUGGGCGGUGGGGAGGUGUUAAGGAUACAAAGUGAAUUCCUAGCUCUCAGCUUCCCAGAUUUCUUGGAGGAAUGCUGGGUGGAGGCAGGAGUAGGAAGGUGAGUUCCACUAGACAACAGCCCAGGACCCUGGACCCCAGGCGCCCUGGCCAGGGGAAAAUUGAGCAGCAGGCAGCAGACAGGGCCACCUUGUGGCAGGUCAUCCAGCCCUGAGGUCCCAUCUGAAGAAGGGACUUGG